ACUCACUGUUUUGGUGCGUGUGUACAAAGUUUCCAGCGCUUAUGCACUGUCUCCACUCUCAACUAAUUAAAACGGAGAUGACCAUGCAAGAGGGAGAGAGACAAUAAUAACUUCAGCAUCGCACUCAAGUCAUUGUCAACAUACUUAUUAUCUUAGACUUACUUAGCCCUAUCAAGUGAUCACACAACCUUUCCAAGCCGAAUAGAUUUAGCCAAUUUGAAUUCUUGUUAAAUGGGCAUUUCCCGGCGACGGGAAGUAUUGCUAUUGAAAUGUUUAGUAUUUUAUGUUAAAAAUGCAACUACUGGAUUUUAUUUCAUACCUUGCUCUGCGUUUUUGUUUGAGAAGUGGACAACAUUCUGACGGAAUAGUAUCGCCUUGAUACUUCAAACCAAAAGGACCUUGCGCAGAUGAAAAGUUGUCCAACUGAGGUUUCUAUUUGAUAGUGUGCUUUGGGUAUUUAAAAGGGAAUAAAGAGACUUAGGAACUGAUGAUGACGAAGACUCUCACAUUUAUCACCGGAAUAUUUAUCGUUUUCCAGUAUCAAAUAACUCAUGUGGAAUUGAUGCCCGCCAGUGGUCUGGGGAGUGUGUCUGGGGACCAGGGAUCCUCCAGCCAGAGGUGGAGGAGGUGGCUGGCCACCCCCAGGCCGGGGGCCCCGAGCUGGGCCAGUGACGACCGCCACGGCCACUACAAGGACCAGGAUGACCUACUGACUGAGGAGAGACAUGACAACAGCUCCCAGACUGAAGACAUGAACCAUAGCUACUACACAUCUAAGAUCUACGGGGCUACAGAGACUGCUGGUAAAUAUCUGUGGGUGGACAUAGAUCAGCUGGACCCAGGGAAGGGGAAGAUCCACGGCCUGCUGUCCAACACACACAGACAAGCAGCGAGUGUUCAUCUGUCGUUUGACUUCCCGUUCUAUGGUCACAUACUGAGAGAAAUCACAGUGGCAACUGGUGGUUUCAUCUACACAGGAGAUGUCAUCCACAGGAUGCUGACGGCCACUCAGUACAUCGCCCCUCUGAUGGCCAACUUUGACCCCAGUAUGUCCACAAACUCCACCAUCAGUUACUUUGACAAUGGUACAGCCUUGGUAGUCCAGUGGGAUCAGGUUCACCUGCAGGACAGUGUCAGUCAAGGCCCAUUUACCUUCCAGACCGCUCUGCACAGCGACGGACGCAUCGUCUUCGCCUACAAAGAGGUUCCCAUUGACAUCACUGAGAUCAGGUCAGUGAACCAUCCUGUCAAAGUGGGCCUCUCAGACGCAUUUGUGGUGCUUCAUGAGAUUGAGCAGAUACCCAAUGUUCGCAGGAGGACCAUCUAUGAGUACCACAAAGUGGACAUCCUCAAGUCCAAGAUCGCCAACUCUACAGUGGUUGAGAUGCUUCCUCUGCCCACUUGUCUUCAAUUCUCCAGCUGUGGACCUUGUGUGUCAUCUGAGAUCGGCUUCAACUGCAGCUGGUGCAGCAGACUGCACAGGUGUUCCAGUGGCUUCGACCGGCAUCGUCAGGACUGGGUAGAUAAGGGCUGUCCUGAAGCGGGGAAAAACCAGAGCUGUGUUCAGAUGGUUCACACCAACACCACAACACCUUACAAUGUGCCUAACGCUCACACUACAACCACUCCAGUUACCGUGACAAGAACAGUGCAACAGCGGACUACCACCUCCAUCACCACAACUACCUCCUCUACCACCACUACCACUACCACUACUACAACCAGAGCCAGACCCAGCACCACUGUCACCACUGCCCUCCCCUUCACCAGUGCUCCUACGGUGGAUGACACUAAGAUUUCCCUGCACACAGAAAAAGAAUCACCUGCUGAGGUGGACGAGCCAGAGGAGGAGCAGAGAGAGGUGCGCUUGCAGACUGGUCUCCUGGUGGGCAUCUCGCUGGUCAUGAUCACCAUGGCAGCAGCCGUCAUAGCAACGGUGUACAUGUACAACCACCCAACCUCAAGCGCCAGCCUAUUCUUCAUAGAGAGGCGGCCCGCACACUGGCCAGCCAUGAAGAUGAGGUUCUGUCGCAGCUCAGGGAACCCUGCGUAUGCCGAGGUGGAGGAUCCAGGGCUGGAGAAGGACGAUCUGGUGGUGAUCGACCCCAAACACACCUUCGUCAUCACCGGCCACGACCGCAGGGAGAGCUUCAUGGACAGCAAGGAUGGCUUCAUCGUCCCCAACCAAAGAGAACGGUUCCUGUCAGACCAUUGCUGACCGGACCUUUUAUACUGUGGAAGGAGAAUGUAUACUUUCGUUACCUUGCAUUCCAACUAAAGUGCAUGAAUAAAGGAACAGGCUGGAUUUGUAAGAGACCGUAUUCAGACACUUAGAGGACAAAUGGAAGUUUGUGGGGGAAAAAAGCUUAUUUUUUGUUAAAAACCAACAUGUUUCAGCCUUCUUCAGUUCUACCGUGGAAGUGGAAUUCCUUGAACUAACAGAUGGCCUUUUAUUUAGCACGUAAAAACGUCAAGGUUCAGAGCUGCUGAGGAAGAAAAACUAGCUGAUUUAAAAAACAAUUAAAUAUAUAAGCUAAGAAUGUCAUCAGCAUGUUGACCAGGUUUAGUUUUUCCUGGUGGAAUGCAGUGCUACAGCUGACUGGUGAUGGAAAUGGCAGGGUCUCAGGAGAAUCUCAGGUCUACUCAGAAUGACUAAACUCAACGACAGCUACAGGACAAUCUUGAACAAUGUUCUGAUGAUUCUCUAAUGUACAUAUGCUUAACCUGCUGUCAUUUUCAUGACAUUUGAAACAUUUGUGAUUUGUGUGAGAAUGCUGUGAUUGCAGAGGACAGGACACAUAAUACAUUAAACUGGACAGAUGAAUUAAC